AUGGCCCUUUCCCUUUCUUUCUCCGACGAGAGAAUUUUGAGAAACUUAACUAACACAGGCAGUGUGCUUAAUCUCCAAGUAUAUUUGAAAAGCUGCGACUUUGCUGAUCUCAAAUCAUAUCAGUUCAUGGUGGCUUUAAGAAAUGUUCUAUUUGAGUUGAGAACUGGGAAUUAUAUUUUUGAUUCACAACAUCAAUGGACUCAGGGGAGUAUUAAUCAUCAACACUUCAUUCACAAAGAUGCGGUUGCUCGUUUGAGAAGUUAUUAUAGAAAAGAGAAAUUAGUGGGGUUUUUAGACAACAUGUUACAAAUCAGUUUGAAAGAAAUUUGGUCGGGGGAAGAUAAGGUGUAUGAUUUUGAGUUAGUUAAAUCCAUUUGUUAA